GCCGGCGCAGAAGGAGAUGAAAUAACUCCGUCGAGAACAAUCCGGACGUGGACAACAUCCCCGACUUGCCAGAAGGGGAGAGCUCCCCCUAAGCGCAGCCGCGUUUAGCGCCACUCCGCAGAAAGAAUCGGGACGACGGAGUGCUUUCAUUCUCUCUCCAAUUCAAUCCCCCCGUUUCCAUUGCGCUCCCUCUCAUCGAUUUCUCCCUUCCUUCUUCUCCCACCCUCCUCACACCAUGGCGGCCGAACAGAGAAAGCUGCUCGAGCAGCUGAUGGGAGCGGACCAGCUCAUAGGAACCGGCGCCGCCUCGCGCAACGCCCAGCUCUCCAUCACCGACUCGAAGGUCUGCCGCUCGUAUCUCGUGGGAACCUGCCCGCAUGACCUCUUCACCAACACCAAGCAAGAUCUGGGCCCCUGCCCGAAAGUUCACAGCGAAGGAUUGAAGACCGAGUACGAGACGGCCUCGGCGGCGGAGAAGGCGAAAUGGGGAUUUGACUAUGACUACAUGCGCGAUAUGCAGAAGUACAUCGAUGACUGUGACCGGAGGAUCGAUUCGGCGCAGCGCCGAUUGGAGAAGACGCCGGAUGAGAUCCGACAAACCAACAACCUGCUCAAACAAAUAUCCGACCUGACGAAGACGAUAAACACGGGGUUGCUGGAAAUCUCUGUCCUGGGCGAAACGGGCUCCGUUGCGCAGGCGCUCAACGAACUGCACAAGAUCCGCACCACGAAGCAUCAGAAGGAGACCUGCGAGCGCGAACUGAAGAACCUCCAGGAUACCUCCGGUCCCUCGGGCCACCAGAAACUGCAGGUCUGCGAUGUCUGCGGGGCAUACCUCAGUCGACUCGACAACGACCGUCGGUUAGCGGAUCAUUUCUUCGGAAAGAUGCAUAUGGGUUACUCGGACAUGCGCAAGGGCUUCAAGAAGCUCAGCGAGGAGCUGAAGGGACGGCCGCCUCCUGUCCGCCACCAUGACGAUGACGACGGCGGCUGGGGUGGACGCUCAGGUGGUGGAAGAGGGCCUCGAUACGGUGGCGGCGGAGGAUACAAAAAGCGUGGUGGACGGUGGUAAGCCCGUUUCUCCUCCGUAUCGUGUCUGGAUAUGCAUAGCGUAGGCGUUGUUCUCUUUAUCAUGCCUGGGAAAUAAUGAACUGCAGUAUGUGAUAAGUAUUAGUACUCUUAAAAAUCUU